AUGGCUUCUAUUGAUCUCUUUGACCUCCUCAGUUCUGGCAACACAACAUCAUCACCAUUUAUCAACACAACUUCCUUUGCCAACACAACAUUAUCACCAUUUUUCAACACAACUUCCUUUGCCAACACCACAGCUAUACCAGAGCCUAGCAAACCUUUUCCAGAAUAUGUUGGCUACAUAUCAGCUCUGGUGGCAAUUCUCAUGUACGGUAGCAACUUUGUCCCGGUGAAGCAGUUUUAUACUGGUGAUGGUAUGUUCUUCCAGUGGGUUUUAUGCUGUGGAAUCUUCAUCGUUGGAGUUAUUAUACAAAUCAUUCAACAGUCAACGUUCUAUCCUCUGGUGAUGGUUGGCGGCAUGAUCUGGACAACAGGAAACUUGUGUGUGGUCCCUAUCAUCAAAACUAUCGGAAUGGGUUUGGGCAUGAGCACCUGGAGUACGUUUGGCCUGAUCAUGGGAUGGGCAGCUGGCAGAUUUGGCUUCUUUGGUACAACACCAGACACAAUAUCAAACUCUGCCAUGAACUACGCAGGCGUCGCCCUGGCCUUUGGUAGCAUCCUGUUGUAUUUGAUGGUGAAAAAUGAAGUCAGUAAUGUGGAACCAGACAUUGAGAUUACUGUCACAGUUGAUGAAAAUGACCCUCUUUUACCUGCAGAGCAAACUUCAAUUAAUGGACACUGCAAUGGAAACCAUCAUUAUUCCUCUGAUGCUGAAAGACCUGUUAUUGCCAAUGGACAUUCAAAAUCAUCUCCUUCAGAAUCAGUUUGCGCACUGCCUGCUACUGCUGAUGACCGUAUGUUCAUUGAGGAUCUCUCCCCCAUUAGGAAGAAAAUCAUAGGCACGGUCCUGUCUGUUAUCUCAGGGAUUUUCUACGGCCUGCAGUUCACACCAUGCAUAUACAUUCAAGACACCUACAAAAAUGCCAGCAAAAAUGGUCUGGACUAUGUUUUUGCUCAGUUCUGUGGUAUUUACGCAGCAAGUUGUAUCUACUUCUUUAUAUACUGUGCUCUUAAGAAAAACAAACCAAGGAUAUACCCCCAGACAAUCCUACCUGGCAUCAUCUCUGGCAUUAUGUGGGCUGUGGCCACUUCCUGCUGGUUUAUUGCUAAUGCUGAGUUGUCGGAAGCAGUCUCGUAUCCAAUCAUCUCCACAGCACCCUCGGCGAUUGCCAGCUUGUUCUGGGGUGUUGUCAUCUUCCACGAAAUCAAGGGCCGGAGGAACAUCUUGAUACUUCUACUGGCAUUCUGCGUGAUGUCUGCCGGUGCAAUCCUAGCUGGGCUUUCAAAAUAG